AUGCCGCUGGAUACCUCGACAACAUAUCCUCUCACACGGUUGCGCCUUGACGGCCGCCGCUGGAACGAGCUCCGCCUGCUCCAAGCCCAGAUCUCAACCAACCCCGCCAGCUCCGGCUCUUCAUAUCUGUCCAUGGGCAACACGUCCAUCAUGUGCUCAGUUCACGGACCCGCCGAGGGUCGCCGAGGAGAUGGCAGUGGAGCUGCAGGCAGUGGUCAUGCAGUUGUGGAGGUAGACGUCAACGUGGCCGGGUUCGCCGGCGUGGAUCGCAAGCGCAGAGCCGGUGGAAGCGACAGACAAUCAUCGCGAAUCGCUACAACUCUCCGUUCAGCCUUCCAGUCCCAUCUCCACACCUACCUCUACCCCCACAGCACUAUCAGCAUCCAUGUCUCAGUUCUCUCCGCCGAUGGCUCGCUCCUCGCCGCGGCAAUCAACGCCUGCACACUCGCCCUUGUGGACGCCGGAAUCCCCAUGCCGGGACUCCUCUGCGGCUGCACUGCUGGCAUGAGCGGCAGCGCUUCUACACCGCGUGACCCGCGGAACGACGAGCUUGAUCCAUUGUUGGACCUCUCGCUCCCAGAAGAACAGGAACUUCCUUCCCUCACGGUCGCGACGACGACGUCGGUGCCCGUGGGCGAGAACAACAUGGAUGAGGACGAGGAAGUGAUGAAGGUGUCAGUGCUUACUAUGGAGACUAAAGUUCACGCUACGUAUCUGGAGACGAUGUUGGCGCCUCCGCAGCCAUGGCCAGCAGUACUGGCAUGGACAUGGGCGGCAUGGGAAUGGGUGUCCGUCUCAAUAUCAACCCCAGAUUCCCGACUAUGUGAUUCCAAACUGACCCGUGAUUAUCAGAUGCUCUGGAACUGGUAUACCAUUGACGCAUGCUUCCUCGCCAAAACAUGGCACAUCACCUCGCGCGGCAUGUUCGCCGGUUCAUGCAUCGGAGUCAUCUGCCUCGUAUGUAGUCUCGAAUUCCUUCGCCGUCUAGGCAGAGAAUACGACACCUUCAUCGUACGCCGCGCCCGUCUAAGAAGACUGUACAUGUCCAGCUCCCUCGCCGUGCAAUCCGGCUCCAAUGUCCCGCUGCGAAGCGACGGGGACACCAAGUCCCCCAGCAACUGCUGCGACAACACAGAGCCCGAUAUUAUGUCCCUGGGUGCAGACGAUCUCAUCACUUCUGUAUCGGGUACUCCACAGAGCAGCAGCUCGAAGAAUCAGGCUGCUGCGUCUGCAUCUGCCGCGUCAGCUAAGACCGCACAGGAAAUCGAUUUCCACCGCAUCCAGAGACGGGAGGCUCUGCUUGCGCCGUAUCGUCCGUCGCUGGUUGAACAUGCUGUGCGCUCGUUGCUGCAUAUGUUCCAGUUCGCUGUUGCGUACAUCAUUAUGCUGCUUGCGAUGUAUUUCAAUGGGUACAUCAUCAUCUGUAUCAUCAUUGGUGCUUUCCUUGGCGCGUUUAUCUUCUCCUGGGAACCGGUGAAUUUGAGCAAGGAGUCGGAUGCUACAUCUGUCACCAAAUGCUGCGGUUGA